AUGCUUCCAACAUUCAUGGGCUGGUACCUCAAGCGUUGCGACUCUGGGAGAGCAAUCUAUGAUGCGAAAUACGAAUGGUGCAAGUGGGCAAUCAUAAGAGGUGAAUUGGACGUAGUUCGCCGUUGCUACAAUUUCAAGCGUGCGAUCAAGUCAGAUCGUCAAUUGAGGUUGACGCCUUUCUAUCUAGCAUGCGAGCAUGGUCAUGUGCACAUUAUACAAUACUUCCUCGAGACUGACGCCACUCUUGGAGACGCUACGUAUACCUACGAGGCGGGUCGCAUCGGGGCCCAAGGGCUAUCACAAGGUCUUGUAUUAGCAGUACAGAAUGGCUGGCUCGGGGCUGCUAGGCUUCUGAUUGAGAGCGGUGCACAAGUCAAGAAGAGUGAAUAUGACGACACAGUCUGUGCGCCAGCGUUAUGGCACGUCAAACGAGGACAUGUUGAUAUGGUGAUGCUUUUGCUAGUUUGUGGUGUCGUCGUACCAGCAAAGAACUCUAAGAACCAUGCUAGCUUCUGGACUCUGACUAUGAAGCGAGGAACGAAGAUGGCAAGCUUAAUUGAGGAGGCCUGCAGGGUACAGAUCAGGAAGGUCUCAUCAUAUAAGCUUGAUGUUGUAGUUUGA